AUGGUUGCGCCGGCUGUUCCCGAGAUCACCGAGGAGGUCCUUCACGAGGCGAUUGAAGCUCGAACUGAGCAGUUAAUCGCUCUCCGAGAACUCGGCCCACCAGAUCUCGUCCACCUCCUCAAGCAACCUGUCCGAAAUGCUGGCAAACACAUUGGCGUCUACCACCAUGUGACUGGUGUUGAUGCAUCGUCCUCAGCCAGCUUGGCAGCCUACAUCAACACCCUGACAUACAAAGAGCACGGAUCCUCUGCAUCGACCAAGAUAAGUGAAGGUCUUUACUGCUGCUACAAUGCUCUGUCGCGCCUGGAUAUGCGAGUCCACGUCACCAUCCCCGGAACCGUCGAGAGUUACUGCGUUGAUGAGCGCGGCGAAAAGAAGAAGGCUACCGAAGAUUUGUGGCUCGAGACAUAUCUUUGCAGUGUCCUUCGUGCCUACUCCUAUGCCGACGACGGAAGCGGAGAGACGAUCCGGAAGAUCAUGGGAGUGCGCCGAUUCAACCCUGUUACGAACACCGAGACAGAACAUAGAUUCCUGAGUGCCGCAGAGCAGCUCUUCUUCAGGGGAUGGCAACUCGGAUCCGACUCGACCGUGCAGGUCCCGAACCUUGUUUCCAACCAUCUGGUCAGCGGCCUUCUCAAGUAUUUCGAGACCACCGGACGAUAUGCCUCCGGCAUCAACUUAUUCGAGAAGCUUCGAUCGCAAAACAUCGAGGUUGCGUCGCUGCUAGCCAAGAUCCUGUUCAUGGGCAAUGAGGAGGUGGAGGGUAUCCGCAUCCUUCAUUCCGCCUUGGCCGAGACGCCCAUGGAUUAUGUCAUGCUCGAUACCCAAGCGGCGUUUCUCCUAAAGAAGGCGCAGACAGCUGCGUCCCCUGAGCAAAAGGAAGAGAGGCUGCGAAUGGCUUUGGGCUGCGCAGACCGCAGCACGAUUGCUGCCCCGAGCGAGUUCAGCACUUGGGCGAGGCUGGCGGAGACCUAUGUUGCCCUUGAAGACUGGGAGAACGCUCUCACCAUUCUCAACUCCUGCCCAAUGUUCACCUACCAAGACAAGGACGCACCCAUCAUGCCAGAACCCAAGGACGUUUACCUACCAACCCUUCCCGAGACGAGGCUUGACGAGAUUGACAGUGAGCCAGAGUCAAGGUACUCUGAGCAGGUCGAUCCCAGUCUGCUCAACCUGCGGGCUGCAUCGUAUCGCGGUACAUUCAAGCAGGCGUAUGCCAUUCUUACUGAGAUGACAGCAAAGAUCGGCUGGGACCAGCUGCUCAAGAUUCGGAGCCAGGUAUUUGUCAUGGAGGACGAGUACAGGACAGAGAAGCAAGAGGUCGGACAUCACACCUUCCCUCCGAAGCGAAAUCCUAGUACCGAUGGUCUUCGAGGUACGCCCAACGCCUCCCAGAAUGGCGAGAAUCACGACGACGAGGAGGGAUCCGAGACCGAAUCCAACGUCGAGACCAAGGACGAGAAGCAGGGAGAGUCCAACGAUGACUCCGAGCAAGCCGAGGCAGACACAGGCUCAACCGCCGCAACAUUGGUUCCUAACGGUAACCCGGUCGAGAAGCCGUCCAGCACCGCAGACCCCGGUGAACUGAAGGUGGACGACAACGGCACCCCGGACGAGAACCUGAGCCGGCUCAACAACAAGCGGCUCUGCGAGCGCUGGCUGGACAGUCUGUUCAUGGUGCUCUACGAGGACCUCCGUGUCUACACCAUCUGGCGGACGCAGAUGGCGCAGUACCGCGCCCAGUCGAUGCAGUACAAGAAGUCGGCCGAGGAGUGGGAGAUCCUCGGCUCGCUGGCCGAGCGCCUGCAGCACACGGACGAGGCGGUCGAGGCGUACCGCGCGUGCCUCUCGCAGCGCUUCAGCCCCAAGGCGCUGACGGGCAUCCUGCGCGUCUUCGAGAAGACCAAGGCGACGCGCGAGUCGGUCGGCGCCAUCCUGCGGCUCGUCACGUGGCAGUACCGCUGGUACUCGGAGUUCUCGCCCGAGCUGCUGCGCUCGAUCCGCACGCUCAUCGAGGACGAGGGCGCCGUCAAGGUCCGCAGCAUCGUGCAGGCGACGAGCCUGCCGCAGAACGUGCUCGACCUGACCCACCACUACGCCGCGCUGUGCGCGACGUUCCGGAGCAGCGGCACCGACGGUUAG